UUUGAGAAUCCCGAUUCCGCAUAUCUGUCUUUGUCUCUUGCUUGUUUAGUCUUCUCGUCCUCAAUCAUCAUCUGAGAAUUCGCAGCUUUUGGUUCUUCGAGAGAAUAUCUAAUUAUCAUCAAUCAUGUCGAAGUUUACGGGAUUUACUUCUCUCGCUAUCUCUUAUUUUCUCUUGGUUUCAACGAUUGUCGCAGCCACCGAUGUUCACUACUGCGAUAAUAAUGAAGAGUAUGAAGUAAAAGUACAAGGAGUUGAUAUAAUUCCUGAUCCUGUAGCUAGAGGCGCGCCAGCCACUUUCAGCAUUUCUGCUAACACAGACACUGAGAUCUCGAGCGGCAAGUUGGUGAUCGAAGUCUCAUACUUUGGAUGGCAUAUUCAUUCUGAGACACAUGAGCUUUGUGAUGAGACAAGUUGUCCUGUGGCGGUUGGGGAUUUCGUGGUAGAACACUCGCAAGUUCUGCCCGGAUAUACUCCUCCUGGUUCGUACUCACUAAAAAUGAAGAUGCUUGAUGGACGCAAGAAGGAGUUAACUUGCAUCAAAUUCUCAUUUGAGAUUGGAUUUUUAUCAUCCGUGGCUGACAUUUAGAGCUUAUUCGCUCUAUGGAAAUGGAAUGUACUAUCUUGUUCUAUACCAUUAAACCACUCUCAUUUAUUUUGUAUAAAAUACACUCUUUUCUAUACAUAAUUGUUGAUCAAAAACCCUUUGAAAAUUAUCAUUCUUGUUCUCAUUCUGGACCAUUCA